UUCAACCCCAAGUCAUCUUUCUUGCUUCCUUCUAUUUCCCUAGUCGCAAUUUCCUCUUGUUCAUACUAAAACGACGUCACUUUAAAUACUAACCAAAUAAAGGUCCGAGAAAUUCAGACACCAUCUCUGCUUCACCUUUUCCUUCUUUGAUCCAACCCAGGGAUACUUCAAAUCAAAAUCCCCAAAUCAUGAAUUGAAUUCCAAUAACCUAGAGAUCAAAAGUAGAAAAAAAGCAAUUACAAUUCCUCAAAUUGAAAAUCCUCUGCGCGCAACAAUGGCAGAAAAUCCAACCCCUUCAUCUUCCCCACCAAAACCCUUACCCUCACAGCAAACCCCAGCCACAAUUGAACCAUCCAAUUCGCAACAAUUACAACCGCUUCAAUCCCCAUCGCCUUCGCUCGAGCAUCAGCAACAGCAAUUGGUGCAAUCGCAGCAGCAGCAGGUACAACAGCAGCAGCAGCAGCCGCAGCCGCAGCCGCAAAUGGGACAAUCCCAACAGCAGAUGGUACAAUCCCAGCAGCAGCAGCAAUUGCAGCAGCUUCAACAACAACAACAGCAGAAUACUAGUAGUAGCAAUAACAAUUUGUUAGGGGUUUCGAGUUUUCAGGGUUUACAGAGGAACCCUUCGAUGUCUAGGCUUAACCAAAUCCAACAGAACAGUAAUAUUAACAACCAAUUAGGAAUAACGAGGCAGCAGAAUCAGCAGCAGCAGCAGCAGAAUUCAGGAAUUUAUGGGCAGAUGAAUUUUGGUGGAUUGAACGCAUUGCAGCAACAGAUGCAACAGCAACAGAGCAGUAAUGUUAAUCUAAGUAAUUCUAAUAACAGUCAACAGCAAUUAGGGCAGCAGAAUCAGCAGCAAAUGGUGCAGAUGACCAGUGGGAACUUACCUCGGUCUGCUCUGAUGGGGCAGACAGGGCAUCUGCCGAUGUUAUCUGGUCAAGCCGCUGCUCAGUUUAACUUGCAAAACCAGUUUUUGACUUCGCCACGACAGAAGGCGGGUUUCGUACAAGGGUCUCAGUUCCAUCCCGGUAAUUCUGCCGGGCAGUCUGUACCAGGAAUGGGAAUGAUGGGCUCUCUCAAUCUGACUAGACCAAAUGGUUCUCUUCCUUACACUCAACAAAGGAUGACAACUGCCCAACUGAGGCAGCAGCUGAAUACGCAAACUGCACUCAAUGCCGCUCAGGGGCAGAAUAUCACAAGGGCGUCAUUUAUGAACGCUCAAAUUUCCGGGAUGGCUCAGAAUGGACAGCAAGGCAUGAUGCAGAAUGCUAUAAAUCAACAGCAGUGGUUAAAGCAAAUACCAGCGAUUUCCUCACCCAAUGCUUCUUCAUAUCGUCUUCAACAACAUCGGCUUCUCCAGCAGCAAAUAGCUUCUUCGCAGCUGCAUCAGAAUUCAGUAGGGCUGACCCAACAGCAAUUGUCCCAAUUAGCACAGCAGCAAACACAGAUGGGCCAGCAGCAACAGGGGCUUCAACAGAAACAGCAGCAGCAAACACAGCAGCAAACGCAACAGCAAGCACAGCAGCAAAUACAGCAGCAGCAAACACAGCAGCAACUUUUCCAUCAGCAGCAGUCUCCAAGAAUGGUGGGGCCCGGAGGCCAGAAAUCGGUAAGUUUGACUGGGUCACAGCCAGACGCGACUGCAUCUGGAACUACCACACCGGGUGGAAGUUCAAGCCAAGGCACAGAAGCGAACAAUCAACUUCUUGGGAAGAGAAAGAUUCAAGAUCUAGUAUCACAGUUGGAUUUAAAUGGAAAACUGGAUCCGGAUGUUGAAGAUCUCCUUUUAGAGAUUGCUGAUAACUUUAUUGAUUCGGUGACCGCAUUUUCGUGCACCCUGGCAAAGCAUCGGAAAUCUUCGACUGUGGAAGCCAAAGAUGUAUUAUUUCAUCUAGAGAAAAACUGGAACUUGACCAUUCCCGGGUUCUCUAGUGAAGAAAAGAAAAAUAAACCAGAGCACCCGCAAAGUGAUGCCCACAAAAAGCGUAUGGAUGCGAUACGUACUCUAAUGGAGCCGGUGCAAUCCGAGACAAAUAACAGUGGUAAGCAAACGGUGAGGCAGGUACCUAGCAACCACAUGAUCAGGCCUUCUCCCAGUUCAGAGCAGUUGGUUUCACAAUCUGCUGUGCCCCAAAUGCUUCAACAGACUACUAGAUUCUGAUUGGUUUAAUGGAGACAAUUGUUGGCUUUCAACGAAUAGCUGAUCUGGAAGAAUGUGCUUAUCCAAUUGAACGAGGAUAUACGUUACAGAUGAUUAAUUUCGAGCAAUUUGAAAUAAGUAGAGGUUAUUAUUUACAAUUGAAUUUCUUACAGAUCCAAUGUACUAUUUAUUUAGUGAGAGAAUUGUGUUGCAUUGGCAUCAAAAUUGUGUUGUCUUUGGGGGCCCUCUUGUAUAUAUUUCUUUGGCCUGUAACUGUUGAUUGAAUCCUAGAUAUCUCCACUUUUGAAAUGGAGGAAAUUUAUUCAAGGAAUACUAUUUUUUUUAA